AAUUGAAAUCAGUUAAAGCCGUCUCCGCUGGUGCUCGGAAGUCGCGUUUACAAUUUGUCAUCUUAUUUCUGUUUUGUUUCAUCUAUUCGGAGUUUUUAAGAUAUAUUGUCUUUACGGAGGCAAGCCUACUACUGAAAAGACUGACUCUGCGGUAGCGUGGUUCGAGAGGAACUCGUAUGUAUCUAUGUAUGUCUUUGGUCAACUGGCUGACGUAGCUGCUAGCUAGCGAAGCUAACUACCUGUUUGAGAGCUGCUUUGAGUUAAUUUAAAUCUGGACAUAUUCGUGGACGUGUUCGCUGUCGGUCAGUGCACAGUAAUACAUUUAGAAUAUGGACUCUGCUGCAAGACUGAAGUUGGCACAGGACACAAAACUCCAAAAGCCUGAAGUGAAAUCCAGCAGGGAAGGACCAAAGCGGGUUCCUGUGUCACAACACUCUCAGAUGGCUGUAGUUACACCAACGCCACACCAACGGGUCCUGGGUGUGUCAAAUGGACCUCUGCGCAUUCAGCGGCCUGUGAGCCACCAGAAACCACCAUCUCAUGUCUCUGUUGCCAACAAGUCCACUCUGCCAUCCGAUCAGAAUUUGAACCCCAUGACUCAAAAUGUAAAUCCCGCACCUCAGCCUAAACCUGGUUCUCAGCAAAACCAGACUAGAAUUAAUACAGCUACAGUGAAGGAGACUGUUAAACCACCAACAGAAACAGCAAAGCCGGAGAAGCACCAGAACAAACCUACCAAGAAUGAUGCUGUAGAUGCUGCAGGAUCAAAGAAGCGAUGGAGCCUAGAAAAUUUUGACAUUGGCCGUCCCUUGGGAAAGGGUAAAUUUGGCAAUGUCUACCUGGCGAGAGAGCGACAAAGUAAGUUCAUCUUGGCCCUGAAGGUGCUCUUCAAGAAACAGCUGGAGAAGGCCGGGGUGGAACACCAGCUGAGGAGAGAAGUGGAGAUCCAGUCUCACCUCAGGCACCCCAAUAUCUUGCGCCUCUAUGGUUACUUCCAUGACACCUCUCGUGUGUAUCUCAUCCUUGAGUUUGCACCGCGGGGAGAACUCUACGGUGAGCUGCAGCGCUGUGGAAGUUUUCCUGAGGACAGAAGUGCAACAUACAUCAUGGAGCUGGCCGAUGCCCUCAACUAUUGCCACUCCAAGAAGGUGAUCCACCGAGAUAUCAAACCAGAAAACCUUUUACUCGGGGCAAACGGCGAGCUAAAGAUUGCUGAUUUUGGCUGGUCUGUCCACACGCCCUCCUCCAGGAGGUCCACUCUGUGUGGAACACUGGACUACCUGCCUCCAGAAAUGAUUGAGGGGAAAACUCAUGAUGAAAAGGUGGACCUGUGGAGCCUUGGUGUGCUCUGCUACGAGUUCCUGGUUGGAAGCCCCCCCUUUGAAGCGAAAACCCACGAGGACACCUACCGCAGGAUAUCAAGGGUGGAGUACACUUACCCUGCACAGUCCAACUUCAGUGCGGGAGCCAAACACUUGGUUGCCCAGCUAUUGAAGCACAACCCCAUGCAAAGACUUCCUAUCCAGGGAGUCCUGUCUCACCCGUGGGUUGUCGAAUACUCAACCAAGAAGCCCACAACUCUGAACCCUGAGGAGUCCAGCUAGUGAGCCGCUGUGCUUUUGGAGUGGUGAUGUCACUGUGACUGGCUGGUGUGGAACAUGACUGCUACAGCUGAUCACAAUCUGCUUUUUGCAACUACUUUGGCUACCACUUCACGUGUCUGCAGACAGUUUGAGCCUCUUGUCUUUUUUUUAUAUCCUUUUCAGAUUUCCUAAUUUCACUGGUGGCAUUUAGUUGCCUGUAAAUAUUUCAUUGUCUUUGUGUAAUUAUGUAUUUGUAUUAUCGAGCUUUCCUAAAAAUGUUAUUACUUGAAUUGGGGGGUGGGAGGGGUGUGGAAGAGACCAUUAUGCAAUCGUAAUCAUAAUUCUGACACUGACUCCAUACAUGUGCAUUGUCAGUUGGCACAGUUGUGAUGCUUGUGUUGUCACUGUCUGUCCCGUCAUGUCUACAACACCUGCCAAAGUCUCAGAUUCAGUAUCACCUCUGUUUGUAGCUUGUCUCUGUUAUGACACAGACUCACAGAGUGAAAACUUUAACAGCCCAAUGGUCUCUGCUCCCAAUACAUUAUUCAUGGUGUAUAUCACUGACCAGUCCAUGUUAAAUAAUACUGUUGCCAGCAUGUUUGUUGUCCUCAUUGGAUGCAUUUCUGCGACAGGUUUUCUUUUGAGAUUCAUUUCAGACUAGAAAUCAGAUUAACCAUGUCCCCCAUUUGGAAAAGCUGACUUCUGGUAGGUGGCUUUUGUCUGUGGACGGUUUUGUUACGUCGGUGCAACACAUUAAUACAGAUGUUUAGCUGGACUUGGAAGUGCCGAGUUGAUGAUGGGUGUGGUCCGACCCAUGACUACUUGGAGCCCAAGUGAUGUAUUAUUGAUGUUUUGUUUUUUCCUCCCAAAUUAAAUGAUCAAUGCUGUUUUGAGUCCAGCAUUCUUAAAUGUUACCAGCAGAGGGAGCCAGAAUACUGGGAACAGGUUUUAGAUGACAAAAAGCCCAUUAAUGCCACUGUCAAUGUUAAUUAAUAUUUGAAGCAAAGUGACUUCCAAUUUAAAUAAACUGUUGAAAUGUA